UGUUGAUCGUGGCUAACGCACCUGCGCGCGGAUCGUUGGUAUUAUCUAUAGGAAAAGUGAACUGCAUUAAACUUAACAACAAAAUAAAGAAAUUUUAAAAAUUUCCAAGCAAAAUACAGUUCAAGUGCCACUUUAACAAUCUAAAUUUCUACUAAAAACAAAAUAGAAACAAUGCACGCCAUUUCAGUGCUUACAAACUAAACCAAAAGCCAGCAGAAACUUGUUGAGGAAAACUACUUGGAUACUCGAGACCGCAAAGAUAAAGCCCAAAGAGCCUGGGGCUUUCUUCUGUUUAACCCACAGUUCCAACGGAAUGUGAAGAGCCCCACCAAUAGCAAUGCCCACGGAAAGCUCAUCCAGCGAGAUCUCCGGCGGAGGAGGGGGUGGUGCGGUGCCCAUGAUGCGACCUUCGCGGAUGGAUCAGUUUAUGAACUCGAUGGCGGCGGCAGCGGCGGCGGUGGGUGGUGGUGGUGUUGGUGCCCUGGAAAGGAAUGGGAACGGAGGAUCUGGAUCGGAUAAUGGUGGCUCCGGCGAUUCGCGCAACUCAUCGGCCAGCCGGAUCUCGGCGUAUGAAACACAGCUGGCCUAUCAGCAGCACUUGGCGGGUCUACAUGGUCCACCACCGCCGGCACCGCCAUCGCACCACCGUGAGAUCUCUGCCUUUGUGCCGGUUCUGCCCACCGGGAAGGUGCGGCCCGGUAGUAAUUCCAAUUACGAAAUCAUUGCCAUGAUGGCGGAUAAGCGGAAGGAGCUGGCUCUUCGAGAAGCCGCUGCGGCAGCAGCCAUGUUGGGCCGAGGUCCUGGAGGCCCAGGAGGACCUGGACCGCCACCGGGAGUGCUCUAUGGACCCGCUGGUGUGCCACCUCCGCCAUAUCUCACCGGACCCGGACCUUCGCCCACGGGAGCCGGCAGUUUCCCCUUUCCCCCGGGAGCCGCCGCCGCAGCCGCUGCUCUUUUUCCACCUGGUUUGGGUCCUGGGAUGCAUGCCGGCUUGGAUAGACGCCUGCUGAGGGCGCCUGGAAGGGCUUCCCGGCCCAAGAAGCAGUUCAUCUGCAAGUUCUGCAACCGACAGUUCACCAAGUCGUACAACCUGCUCAUCCACGAGAGGACCCACACGGACGAGCGGCCCUAUUCCUGUGAUAUCUGCGGCAAGGCGUUCCGGCGACAGGAUCACCUAAGGGAUCACAGGUAUAUCCACUCCAAGGAGAAACCCUUCAAGUGCACGGAAUGCGGCAAGGGCUUCUGCCAAUCGAGGACCCUGGCUGUCCACAAGAUCCUGCAUAUGGAGGAAUCGCCGCACAAAUGCCCCGUUUGCAGUCGUUCGUUCAAUCAGCGUUCCAAUCUGAAGACCCAUCUGCUCACCCACACGGAUCACAAACCCUACGAGUGUUCGUCGUGUGGCAAAGUCUUCCGAAGGAACUGUGACCUUCGUCGUCAUGCCUUGACCCAUGCAGUGGGUGAGGUCAACUCGGGGGAUUAUGUGGACGUGGGCGAGGAGGAUGAGGCCAGGAAUCUGAGUGGCGAUGAGGAGGAUUCCCUGCUGGAGGUCGACUCGCCACGUCAGUCGCCGGUUCAUAAUUUAGGAGAUUCCACUAAUCCAAGUGAGAAAUCCGAGUCCGAAAGAAUGAGACUCAAGCGCAAGGCAGCCAUUGAUCAGGAGGAAAGUGAAGAGGAGUUCGAUGACUUCGAUGAGGAGGAGGAGCUGCAGGAUUUGCCAGCCAGAGUUCAUGAUCUGCAAAGGGACGAGGAGGAGGACUUUGAUCCCGAGGACGAGGAACAGGCGGAGGUGGCUCUUGUGGCUCGUUUCCAGGCCAGCAAGGCUGCCUCCUCCACACAGCCAUCGGCUUCAGUGGGUCAGUUGGUCACCAAGCCUGGAGAACGCCAGGGAGUGACCCACUGUCAUCACGAAGGUGGCGAGACCUACACAAUGCGGCCACAUGGGGAGAAGCAUUUCGAGGAUCCUGGCAUUACCAGUUUACCAGUUCCACCCUCUUUUGUGAGAUAUCCUGGGGCAGCUGCACCACCAGGAGCACCACCACCAGGAGCUCCACCACCACCACCAACUCACCAUCAUCCAAUUCCAUUACUUCCACCCAAUGGAGAUCCCUAUUUACCCAUUCUCCACGUCCGACGCGACUUGCACCACAAGAGCUUGAACCUCUCGAAGGGAGCAGCACCACCGCCACCACACACACCACCCACCAUCAUCACCCAACCGGAAUCGGGUAAACCACCACCCAAUCAACCGCUGCACUCACCACACGAAGCUAUGCCCAGCUUUUUGGGUUCGAUUCCGAUGCGAAAGAGGAUUCUUCCAGCACCACCGCUGGAUAUGAUGGAUCCGCACCACCAUCCGGUGGGCUUGGGUCCAAGGACCUUCGUAGAUAAUCCUAGUAUAUAUGCUCUGAAUAUGUCGCGACAUCCACCGAGGCAACUACUGGGUAAACCACCGAGCACAGAAACUAGUGGGGCAACCACCGAAAAAGCAGCACCACCUGUGGCAGCACCACCCAUAGCACCACCGCCUGCACCACCCAGAAGAACUGGAUUCAGCAUUGAGGAUAUAAUGAGACGUUGAAAAUAAUACAAAUAAUAAUAACAGUUGGUGAUUUCGGAAUUGUGCGACUUGAAAUCACUAGAAAAAAAAGCUUGAAAAUUAUCGAUUUUUUCGAUAUUUUGACACUAUCGAUGUUUUGAAAAGAAAACUCCAAUUAAAUAUCGAGAAUAAUUUGCAUUGAAUACUUUUAGGCGCCAUUUCAAAUGAUUUCAAAUCACCAGAGACAAUAAUCAUUCCAUAUACAGAAGAUCUACAUAUGUAGUUGAAAAUCGAGAGUUACAAUUCCGUUUUCGCCAAAUUCAAACAAUGAUAAAUCAAACAGAAAAUUGUUCCCAAUGGCCAAUCGAGGGGUAUUCCCCAUUUUGGACGCGUAAAAGUACAUUAAAUUAACAGCCAAGUUUUAAUACGUUUUUAGUACAAUGUCUAGGCAAGGCAAUAAACCUAAACUAAGUAAUUAAAAGCAGUUACACCCCUAAGCGAUAAUUGUAAGCGAAAAGAAACUCUGUUGUUGCAUUUUAUAGAUCCCUUAUGUGUUAGGAACUUAGCCUAAAUCUGCCCAUUUUAGUUGUUUAAGCCUUUUUUAGUACGCGAGAGUCUAUCGAUUAGUUUUUUAUGUGUGUGUAGCCGCCCCAACACUAAGUGUUGUCUUUUUUUGAGUGAAUUCCAAUUUUUUAUUUAUGUUUCCUUAUCCGGUAAGCUAAUCUUAAUGAGUAAACAAAAUCGUAAAUCGAUUUUGCGCUGUAGGGAAAAAAAUGGUUGAAAGUAAAAGUUAGUGUAAAACAGAGCAUUUAACAAAAUCAAAACUACAAGCAACAUUCCAGUUGAACCUUAUGUAAUUAGGCCUAGUUUUUAAGAGUUUCGUAGUAGUUAUGGUAAGCAGCCCACUAGAGUUCCAUGGUCUUCCUUCAAUUUUAAAUGAUUUUAUUCAAACCAUAGCGAGUUAGUUUAUUUCAAAUAAAGAUUGCAUUAAUAUUGAAA